GGCUGGGCCACAGCCAGCUCCGCCGCGCGAGUCCCCGCGGCUGCCCAGGUCCUCGGAGGCCUCCUCCCUAGGACACCGCAGUUGCCAUGGGAACAGCCGGGCAUUAACGGGGACCGGCCACCAGCCCUAUUAGUGCCUAUCCAAUUCUCCAGUUAAACGCCCCUGGCAGGCAGGCGUGGGCCUGGUAUUUCUUCAUUCUAAGGAUUUCCCCCGCUUUUGAUGGGCCUGUCCUUCCCCAGCUGUAAGAAACCCACGCAAGGCUUGAAGGCCAGUGAAAGGGCAUAUUGGUGAAAGACCGUGUGGAGUGGGAAGGCAGUGCCACUAUUGAGACAAGUCCCAAGACUGGACCAGGGACUGUCCCAAGGGGCUUCUCAUCAUGAUGGCUGUGGAAGGGUCAACCAUUACCAGCCGGAUCAAGAACUUGCUGCGGUCCCCAUCCAUCAAACUACGCAGGAGUAAGGCAGGAAACCGGCGAGAGGACCUCAGCUCCAAGGUGACCUUGGAGAAGGUGCUGGGACUAACAGUAUCUGGAGGCAGAGGACUUGCCUGUGAUCCCCGAUCAGGUUUAGUUGCCUACCCAGCUGGGUGUGUGGUUGUGCUGUUCAAUCCCCGGAAACACAAACAGCAUCACAUCCUCAAUAGUUCCAGGAAAACCAUUACUGCCCUUGCCUUCUCCCCUGAUGGAAAAUACUUGGUCACUGGAGAGAGUGGGCACAUGCCCGCCGUGCGGGUUUGGGACGUGGCUGAACAUAGCCAGGUGGCAGAGCUGCAGGAACAUAAGUAUGGUGUGGCUUGUGUGGCCUUCUCCCCUAGUGCCAAGUACAUUGUCUCCGUGGGCUACCAGCAUGAUAUGAUUGUCAACGUUUGGGCCUGGAAGAAAAACAUCGUGGUGGCCUCUAACAAGGUGUCCAGUCGGGUGACAGCAGUGUCAUUCUCUGAAGAUUGUAGCUACUUUGUCACUGUUGGCAACCGUCACAUCAAAUUCUGGUACCUUGAUGACAAUAAGACCUCAAAGGUGAAUGCCACUGUGCCCCUGCUGGGUCGCUCAGGGCUGCUGGGGGAGCUUCGGAACAACCUGUUCACCGACGUGGCCUGUGGCCGUGGGAAGAAGGCAGACAGCACCUUCUGCAUCACAUCCUCAGGGCUGUUGUGCGAGUUCAGUGAUCGAAGGCUUCUGGACAAGUGGGUGGAGCUGAGAAACACAGACAGCUUCACAACCACAGUGGCCCACUGCAUCUCUGUGAGCCAAGACUACAUCUUCUGUGGCUGUGCUGAUGGCACCGUGCGCCUUUUCAACCCCUCUAACCUGCACUUUCUCAGCACCUUACCCAGACCCCAUGCCCUGGGGACAGAUAUUGCCAGCAUCACUGAUGCCAGUCGCCUCUUCUCUGGAGGGGCCAGUGCCAGGUAUCCAGACACCAUUGCUUUGACCUUUGAUCCAACUAAUCAGUGGCUGUCGUGUGUGUAUAAUGACCACAGCAUCUAUGUUUGGGAUGUGAGGGACCCCAAGAAAGUGGGCAAGGUGUAUUCAGCUCUGUAUCAUUCCUCCUGUGUCUGGAGUGUAGAGGUCUACCCCGAGGUGAAGGACAGUAACCAGGCCUGCCUGCCUCCCAGUUCCUUUAUUACCUGUUCCUCAGACAAUACCAUCCGCCUGUGGAACACAGAGAGCUCUGGGGUACAUGGCUCUACCCUGCACCGAAACAUUCUAAGCGAUGAUCUCAUUAAGAUAAUCUAUGUGGAUGGGAACACUCAGGCCCUGCUGGACACUGAGCUACCUGGAGGAGACAAAGCUGAUGGGUCUCUGAUGGAUCCCCGUGUCGGCAUCCGCUCUGUGUGUAUCAGCCCCAAUGGACAGCAUCUAGCUUCAGGAGACCGUAUGGGCACCCUUAGGGUACACGAACUGCAGUCCUUGAGUGAGAUGCUGAAGGUAGAAGCUCAUGACUCAGAGAUCCUGUGCCUGGAGUACUCUAAGCCAGACACAGGUCUGAAGCUGCUAGCAUCAGCCAGCCGGGACCGGCUGAUCCAUGUACUAGAUGCUGGGCGGGAGUACAGCCUGCAACAGACACUGGAUGAGCACUCAUCGUCCAUCACUGCUGUCAAGUUUGCAGCCAGCGAUGGGCAAGUGCGCAUGAUCAGUUGUGGAGCAGACAAAAGCAUCUAUUUCCGCACUGCACAGAAGUCUGGAGAUGGAGUACAAUUUACACGGACACACCACGUGGUACGGAAGACAACCCUCUAUGACAUGGAUGUAGAGCCCAGCUGGAAGUACACAGCCAUCGGCUGCCAAGACCGAAAUAUUCGGAUCUUUAACAUUAGCAGUGGGAAGCAGAAAAAGCUGUUUAAAGGGUCGCAGGGUGAGGAUGGCACUCUCAUUAAGGUCCAGACAGACCCCUCAGGGAUCUACAUUGCCACUAGCUGUUCUGACAAGAACCUUUCCAUUUUUGACUUCUCCUCAGGCGAAUGUGUAGCCACUAUGUUUGGCCACUCAGAGAUUGUCACUGGCAUGAAAUUUAGUAAUGACUGCAAACAUCUCAUCUCUGUGUCAGGGGACAGCUGCAUAUUUAUAUGGCGCCUGAGCUCUGAGAUGACCAUUAGCAUGAGGCAGCGUCUGGCUGAGUUGCGCCAGCAUCAGCGAGGGGGCAAGCAGCAAGGACCGUCUUCUCCCCACAGGGCUUCUGGAUCCAAUCGGCUCCAGACCCCAGUGAGCCUAUCUCCUGGACCUGUACUCUCAUCAGACAGUGAUAAGGAGGGAGAAGAUGAGGGUACUGAAGAAGAAGAAUUGCCAGCUCUGCCCAUCCUUGCCAAGAAUACCAAGAAAGAGCCAGCCUCAGUUUCUAGCCCAGCUCUGCUCCGAAGCCUGUCCCAUUGGGAGAUGAGUCAGGCACAGGAGCCGGUGGAGUUCCUGGGCCCGGCUCCUAUAGCCAACUCAGGACCAAGAAGAAGGGGGCGCUGGGCUCAGCCAGGUGUGGAGCUGAGUGUUCGCUCCAUGCUGGACCUGCGGCAGUUGGAGACCCUGGUCCCAAGUCCUCAGGGCCCCAGCCAGGACUCCCUGACCGUAGCCCCAUCUUGUCCUAGGACAUAUGGUCAGCAGGCCCCGGAGAUCUCACAAGCUAGACAGUGCCCUCUGUGUUGUUCCCAGAGUGAAAAGCCCUCUCAACUUCAGGCUUCCCAGCCUUGUUCCUGCCCUCACAUUAUCCGAUUGUUGUCGCAAGAGGAAGGGGUCUUUGCCCAAGAUUUGGAGCCUGCACCCAUUGAAGAUGGCAUUGUCUAUCCAGAGCCCAGUGACAGCCCCACCAUGGAUACCAGUGAGUUCCAGGUGCAGGCUCCAAUCAGAGCAGCUCUGGGAAGAGUGUACCCAUGCAGCAGGAGCUUAGAAAAGCACAGCCCUGAUAGUGCAUGCUCUGUGGAUUAUAGCAGCAGCCGCCUUUCCAGCCCUGAGCACCCCAAUGAAGACUCUGAAAGCACAGAGCCCCUGAGUGUGGAUGGCAUCUCCUCAGACCUUGAAGAGCCACCUGAGGGUGAUGAAGAGGAGGAAGAGGAGGGAGGCACUGGCCUCUAUGGGCUACAGGAAGGCAGCCCUCAUACCCCAGACCAGGAGCAGUUUCUAAAACAGCACUUCGAGACUCUGGCCAAUGGGGCUGCUCCAGGAGGUCCAGUGCGGGUCCCAGAGAGGACAGAGUCUCGGAGUAUUUCUUCACGAUUCUUAUUACAAGUUCAAAACCCCCCACUCAGGGAACCAUCCCCAUCCUCCUCAAGCCUGGCACUGAUGUCAAGACCUGUCCAGGUGCCACAGGCAUCUGGUGAGCAGCUGAGAGGCAGUGGUGCCAACCCCCCAGGAGCACCCCCGGAGGCUUCCCCUGGCAACCCAAGCCCCCAGCAGGCAGUCCCUGUGCUGCUGCCACGCCGCCGUAACAACCUGGACAGCAGCUGGGCCCCCAAGAGAACGGCCAUGGCCACCCCUUUAGCUGGACUCCAAAAAGCCCAGUCUGUGCACAAUCUAGUACCACAGGAUGAGGUGCCUUGUUUAAGCCCAUUGCUCUCACGGGAGAUGGAAGCUUGGAAUGGCCUGGGCUCCCUGCCCCCAUCUGAUGGCCGCUCUUCUCGGCCCCACUCCUACCAGAACCCCACCACCAGUUCUAAGGCCAAGAUAACCCGCAGCAUUUCUGUUGGGGAGAACCUGGGCCUGGUGACUGAACCUCAAGCUCCUGCCUCCAUCCGAAUCUCUCCAUUCAGCAAGCCAGCCCUGCCCAGCCGUGCUCAUUUAGUCUUGGAUAUCCCCAAACCACUGCCUGACCGUCCUACCCUGGCCACAUUCUCACCUACAACCAAGGGCCAGGCCCUGGGUGAGGCAGAACAGCCUGGCACCACAGUGGGCUUAAGAAAGGCUCACAGUACAUCUGAAAGGCGGGCCUGUGGGGUAAAGGGUUUCACUUCCAAACCUAGGAUAGAGUGCCAGGCUCAUCCUGAGUCCAGCAGCCCCUGUACCCAGCAACUGCCGGUCAGCAGCCUCCUCCAAGGCCCUGAGAAAUUGCAGUCCCCAUCCCCUGAGAAGACUCCCAACCCCAUGGAAUGCACCAGGCCAGGGGCAGCCCUGAGCCAGGACUCAGAACCCACUGUGAACCUAGAGCAGUGUGAACAACUUGUGGCAGAACUGCGUGGGAAUGUGCACCAGGCUGUGCAGCUCUACCACUUGGUGGCCAGCUGUAAGACGCCCUCAGCAGAGCAAAGUCACAUUACACAGCUCCUCAGAGACACCUUCUCUUCAGUGCGGCAGGAGCUAGAAGCCCUGGCUGGGGCUGUGCUGUCCAGCCCAGGCGGGAGUCCUGGGGCUGUGGGAGCCGAGCAAACACAGGCCCUGCUAGAACAAUACUCAGAGUUGUUGCUUCGAGCUGUGGAGCGGCGCAUGGAACGCAGACUCUGAGCUCCAGUAACCUGUCCAAGUGAAUGCGCACCCCACCCCCCAUUCCAGACUGUAGCCCCUCCUCCACUCACCAAAACCUGCAAGCACUGGUGGAGUGGAUAGCAGGGGUCAGUGCUCAGAGGCAAAGCAGCUUUCCCAGCUGCUCCUCAUGGUGCCCUUGUAUUUAUUAAUUUAUUUCCCUGACUGUUGCCUCACUUCCUUGGAACUCCUGCCUCUGAACCACCUCCAGUGGCUCAUGGCCAGGGGUAGGUCUUGGGUCUUUGUCAUCUUGGUGCUGUGAGGGGUAGGAGGGCAGCCUGCCUCAUCUGGGGGACACCAGGACAGGCUGGACCUCUCUUCUUAGAAGCCAUUUGAAGUUACUUCAGGGAUUGGCUCCCUGGGGUGGAGCAUACACAGGGUACUCUGUGGAGUAGAGGUGAGAGGUGAUGGGGUAUUUAGUGCCCUUCCACCAACUGUAUGUUCACCUCUACUUCCCUUCCCUCCCACACCAGCUGCACUCCCCUGGCUGACAUAGCAGGGCUUGUUUCCCCCUAUUUCUAGCAGUUUAAAAAGGCAGAGCUGCCUGGCCCUCCAGGGCAUCCCCACCAUCAGAAGAGUUGGCGUCAGGAACUGAGCCCCACAUUCCAAUCCUACUCUCCCCUCAGCAGGGCCCUCGAAUUGUCUCUUCCCCAGUACCCCCUUUCUCUCCUGGCCAGCCCUUGUGGAGCCAGCCGUGGGACAUUGCUGCGGGACAGUAAAGCCCUCUGCUGGGCAAGCAGGAAGCCCUGGUCUCUUUUCCUCAGCCCCUUGGCUUCCCCUGGACUCCAGCAGGUUGCUGAAGUCCUAGGGGCCACCAACUUCUCUCUGCAUCGUGAGCAAUGUUCAGUCAGAAGCCUGUGCUAGAAUUUCCCUCAUGGUUUACAGGGCGCCGGCUCAUGUUCUGAGGACCUUGGCCACUGAUGAAAUCACAAACACACAGUUGAGUGCUCACUGCUAGAGUACCUAGCUGGCUGAUGUGUGCCUGGUUUCCUCACAUUCUGUCUCAGCUUUACUACUCUGGCUUAUGUGGAACUCACACAAGAAGCAUGAAAAGGAGUGGAGCACACUAAAUCCAAAUUCUGGAUUGUUGGUGUUCACAGCCUAGCUCAUAUGAGCUAGCCAUAGGGCACAAUUCAGGUAGAAGGAACCUCCUCACGAGCAGUGCUGGGUGCCUAAGGGUGCUCUGGCUACUGGAGAUUGUGGAGAAGGAGGUGCAGGGGCCAAGAGACACAUUGGAAAGAUGGUAGGUAGGACAGGUAAGUGGCAGAGGUAAGGGAAUAGAUUAGAAUCAGCGGGGCAGUUGUUAGGGUUGAGCGGAAGUUUAGGGCAUAGGAGGCUGCAGGAUAGGAUUAAGUAGUGAAGUAACUGUUGCAGAGUUGGGGUGAAAAACGUGUCUCCCCGCCCUCCCCUUUCUCGCUGUACCAGGUAAGGUAGGGUGGCCUGUACCAGUUUCAAUAGCCUGUUCAAGUGGUUGCAAGGUUUGUAGGCAGAGGCUUUAAAGAUACUGGGGCUCUGGAGAGUGCCCAGCUUUGUUGCUUCAGCUUGUGUUCCCUAAGCAGACCAAAACUACACCUCCCACUUCUAACACUUCAGGCCAAACUCAAAAUCGUGGCCCCAAAAACUCUAGUAGCUAGGGUGGACACCCCCCCUCCACCCCCGCAGCACUGCCUGUGUGAGGGUUAGACAUCCACUCCAGCUGUGCCUGCACACCAGCCACAGCCCACCGCAAAUGAGGCUCAGGUUUCCCUCUGCCCACUCCCAGCCAGGUUCUUAGCGAUCCUUAUUAGUCAGGCUGCCCUUCAGGAAGAGGGAGCUAUAUUCCUGCUAAGGUUUGUGGGGAAAAGGCCGCCCUUGCCCUACUCCUGCCCAGCAUGGGUGGGGGUCUUGAGGCCAGGUCGGCGCCCAGUCCCCUUCUGCAUGUCUGAGGCCACUAGCAACCGCCACCCCGUCCGGAUUUGCCCCGCCCAGUUUUGAAAACCCCUUAUUUAUAACUUUUAUACCUUGUCCCAGCCAUGGCGCCUGUCUGCUCCCCGCCUGCACGGGGCGGGGGCUGUUUUUAAUGUGUCCGUUUGUACUGAUGUAUGAACU